GCGAAACUUGCAGGAUUUGCCUGUGCCUGGCCCAGUCAUGGAUGAGUCGUCUGUUCCGGGUAUCUUCUCAUCUUUGUACCGGUACCGGCAUCUCCGCAUCGGAACACCAUGCAAAAAACACACUCCUCUGCGCUUUCUACAGCAGACCGUACCGACCGUACAUUUGUUGGGAGGCUACUUGCACCCACAGGCUGCCAAUUGAAGUCGGUGCGGGACACAAAUGGUGACUUCCGGUGCAGCGGCGAUACCGUUCACGUAAAUCCACCAGCGCAGCAGUCCAGCUAGUCUCUCGGAGUCCCGUCAGAUUCCGCGACUAUUUCGUGACUGGAGUUGGCGUGGAACCCCUAUACCCCGCAUUCGAUCCGCUUGCCUUCAUAUUCACAUGCCACACGUAUAAAACCCUGUUACGUUGCAUGACCGUCGCCAUUUGUACCCCUUUUCCUGGCUCUGCUUCCUCCACCAAGCUGGACGCCUCUAUCACCACGCCAUGUCGAGGUCGGAUUCCAAGAAACCGGUAGGAUUUGCGACGCACAUCGCGGCAGGGGGCAUUGCUGGAGGCUGCGAAGCGCUCGCCUGCCAGCCGCUCGAUACGAUCAAGGUCCGCAUGCAGCUCUCCAGGUCUGGUCGAGCCCCGGGGACCAAAGCGCGCGGUUUUCUGGCCACAGGCGCGAUGAUCGUUCAACGUGAAACGCCACUAGCUCUGUACAAGGGUCUGGGCGCGGUGCUCUCGGGUAUCGUGCCCAAAAUGGCGAUACGAUUCGCGUCGUUCGAGUCCUACAAAUCCUUCCUUGCCGAUCGCACGACGGGCAAGACGUCCACCGCAGGGAUCUUUCUUGCUGGACUGGGGGCGGGGACGACUGAGGCCAUCGCCGUCGUAACACCCAUGGAAGUGGUCAAGAUCCGGCUGCAGGCUCAGAUGCAUUCACUGGCGGACCCACUAGAGACGCCAAGAUACCGCAACGCAGGACAUGCUGUGUAUACGAUCAUUCGAGAAGAGGGUGUUGCCACGCUCUAUCGAGGCGUUUCGUUGACAGCUCUGCGGCAGGCGACGAACCAAGGCGCCAAUUUUACGGCGUACCAAGAGCUGAAGAAACUGGCCCAUCGGAUGCAGCCCGAGCUUGUUGAGCUGCCGUCGUACCAGCACAUGCUGAUUGGCCUCAUCUCGGGAGCCAUGGGCCCGUUUUCGAAUGCACCCAUAGACACUAUCAAGACGCGACUGCAACGUGCCCCGGCCACGCCGGAUGUAUCAGCGCUGGGGCGGAUCACUGCCAUCGCAGGAGAGAUGUGGAAGCAAGAAGGAUUCAAGUCAUUCUACAAAGGCAUUACACCCCGCGUGCUGCGCGUUGCGCCCGGUCAGGCGAUUGUGUUUGCCGUCUACGAGCGCAUCAGCAAAGUGAUAGAGCGGAUGACUCCGGUGCAGGACCACGGCUGGGAAGAGUAGGUAAGUGGGUACACAUUACAUAAUACACUGUAACUGGUCGUGAUUGAAACAUGGAUCUACGUGGAAAUGCUAUACUACUGGCUACCUACUGUAU